AUGUCCAACCAAGGAUACUACCAAGGCCAAGGCGCUCCUCAGUACCCCCAGCAAAGCUAUGGACCUCCUCCAGGCGCCAACUACGGCCCUCCACCUCCACAACAAAUGAUGUACGGACCUCCACAGGGCCAGGCCCCACCACCUCAGAAAGAGAAGAAGGACAGGGGAUGUUUGGCUGCUUGGUAUGUUAUUCCUCCUUCUUUUUUCUCAUUUGCGCCUGUGCUCUUCGAGGGAGACAUGAAGAAACAAGAACGUAAAUUGCUAUCCCGACUUCAAACGCUAACUUGGAGUAUAGUCUCGCUACCCUGUGCUGUUGUUUCCUAUGCGAGGAGAGCUGCGAAUGCUGUCUCGAGUGCUGCGAGUGUUGCGUAG